ACAGUUGCAAAUGUACACCAGCAUCUUCCAGUUCGUGCGUCUUCUGCUACAAGUCGAUGUCAGACGAUUUAGAUCUAAACACGAUACGACAGAGUUAUAUCCCUUGAUCAGGCUCGCGAUUUCCAAACGUCAAAAACGUCUGAAAUAUUUCGGCAAGCGCGGAUGAUGAAGGGUCCCACAGUCAAAUGUGAAUAAAUGCAACAAAAAUUAAAGUGCUACUUCUACUAUGGCAGAGACACAAUCUGGACAAAGUGACAAGAAGUCCAACACAAAGUCACUGUUAAAUGAGGAGCAGGGCUUAUUUUGCCCUGGAUGUAAAGAAGCUUAUUCAUGGAUACAGGAAGACUGUGUUCCGACAUCACUAACCUGUGGACAUUCAUUGUGUUAUAAGUGCGUGAAGAGCCAGUGGUGUAACCCUGAUUCCAGUGAUGCCACAGUGCUCUGUAUUACCUGUUCAUCACAUGUUGGUAUCUACACUUUAAGAUGCCCUCCAGUCAGUCUUGCUCAGAAUGCUGAAGCAUAUCAAGACUUGGUAACAUCAUCAGCUACUGAUCAAGCUCAGCUGAGGGAGACAACUUGUCCUGGAGUGCAUCCAUUUCAGCCAGAGAUAUCUGUUUUAGAAGACACCAAAUCCUCAUCUUCAGACCUUCUACAGAAUCCUUUCCAGACAGGGGAGCAAAAACAUCAACAGACUGCUCCAGACAUGUCAGGUGACAAGGGCAUUUCAUCACUGGUUUCAUCUCCUUCACAGUCAAGCGACAAGAUCCUGAACCAGGACGAUACAUGGCGCCUACUUCAGCGUGAUGAAGGCUUCAUUCGUGAUUGGAUUGUUGCCAAUGUUCCAGACCACAUCAUCUUUAAAAUGGUUGGUGCCAAUUCUCUGGACUCUGCAUCUGUGCCUUUGCCUACCUCAAUGGUGGAUGCCAUCAGCUGUGUCACUGAUGGAGGUGGUGGUGGUGCCACCCACCUGUUUUCACAGCCAUCAUCCACUACAGCAUCUUGCCUUUCAAUCACUGAUUCAGGACUUGUCACAUCAUCUGAAUGUGGAAAAUCUUUGCCAAGCAUGUCAUCGUUUCUUGGAGAAAGUUCAGCCUUGUCAUGUUCUGGGAGGCAGCUUUGGCAGUUAAUUCUAAACAAAGCAGCACAGGACAAAAAUCUUCGUUCUGGGCAACAGCAAGAAGACUGCAUCAGCCAGUGCUUGUCCAAUCUUUCACAGUUGACAGCAGCUGCAGCACAGAAGGCUCCAAGCAAAGGGCAAUUGGAGAAAGAAAAGAUGUUUAGUGGCAUGGCAACAGCAGAUGAAGCAGCUGGUAGCAUUUUGCAAGACAAGCCAUUGGUGGACUACAGCUUGCAGGGCUGUUUACAACAACAUAUGCACACACAAGGAAUGGGAGGUUUGGCAAGGAAAGAGGAUACCCCAGCAGAACAGCAGUCCAGUGGCAGACCUGGCAGAAAUCACAAAGAUCAGCCUUGGCUAGAGGACUGGGCAGAUGGCAAUAUAAACACCAUUGCCUCUGACCCAAGUGAAGGGAAACUGUAUUCAUGUCAAAAUAACCAUGCACAGUGCAACAACAGUGGCACACAAACUUGGACAAGCACUAUACCCUCCCAAACUGUAGCAGAUGUACCCAAAACUGUAAAAAGCUUAACAGGCUAUUCAGUGCCUAGCAGCAUGACUAAUAAAAAUACACGUAUGCAUUUUUGGCAAGGAGAAUAUGGAGCUAGUACAUGGACAGGAAUGCAGUGUGAGACAUAUCCAUGUUCUUAUUACUCACACAGAACACGUUGUGCUACCCCCAGGGCUUCAUCACCAGCUGCCCUUGAACAGCAGAGACAGGGGGAAACCUUCUGUCCUUACCCCAAUUUUAACAUCCCACCUCGCCACCAUCCAUAUUUGAUGCAAGAGAACGCAGUUCGCUACUUUCCUCUCCGAAGGGGGCGUCCCCGUAGAUAUCUGUCAGAAACUGAUGGAUACUACUGCAUGUCCCCUUCUCCAUUUCUGAGAGCUCGCUCAAGCAGGAUGUGGCGUGGAAGAGGAAGUUAUAAUGUUCGUCGAAUGAAGCCUCCCAUUUCACCAUCUUUGCCCUCAGCUUUGGACUGCCAGUGGUUCAGUGAGGCAUGCGCUCCAUCGUUAUCUCAUGUCAACACACAUCUCAGUUCCGUUACACCCCCACAGCUACAAAUGGUGCAGGUGGUGCGACAAAAGAAUGAUCACAUUCAUGACAGCGAGCCGGUCAUCACUCCUCAUGAAUCUGUUUCUGCUUCUGCUUCUGUCAGCACUGAAUCAUCUUCAACAGUCAUGGAGCAAGAAGAAUGGGAACAGGCAGGAAAAACAACUGCAGAGGCAGAAGUGGCACUCAUGAAAAUGCGAGAGAUGCCAAGCGGCCCAUGCGUAGAAGACAUUUAUGUUGUCCCUCCUGUGUGGCUGUGCAACAACACUCACCAGAAUAUCAUCAUGGACUGCUCCGACUCUCAGCCACUGCAAGCUGGGCAGUCCAGCACUGGUCUAUCUGAAGAAAAGGAGAAUGAACCACCAGAGAACAUCAUGGAAGCAGAAGGAGGCCUGGUGAGAACAAUGGUGUCAGAACUAUCACAGAUAGCAGCUUCAGAACACAGCACAUCUUUAGUGGGAGUGCUGGAAUCCCAGGAAAUGCAGACAAAUAAUCAUUGCAAUGGUCUGUCUUCAUCUCAUCAGUAUAUAGAGAGUGAUUUCCACCCAGUGGGAGUUAUGACAUCAGUUCCUGCUAGAUCAAUCAAAAGGGAAAAUUUUGCUACAAGUAAUGAUUCCCUAGAGCCAAUUACUCUGCCUUCCAGUGUUCAGGAAGGGACAGUACCUAGACAUGGCCAGCUGGAUAUGAGUAAAGAGAAGUAUGAAAUGCCUGGAAUGCAGGCUGAUCAGAAUGAUCAGAUAAACCUGAACAAAGUUGAUAUGGAUGAGGUCAGUACCUCUGAUAACAAAAGUGAUGAGAAAAAUAUUUUGGAAACAGUUUUGGGUCAAACUGGCAGCCAUGCAGAGCUGGAUGUGUCUUCUACCACCAACUCAGUUACUGUAGAUAUGUGUGAAGAUCUUCCCAUGCAGCCAUCAUUUUUCUCACCAUUCUAUGCUCGCUGUCCUGAGAAAAAUGACUGGCUUAGUCUUACAGGAGAUGAGCCAGUUCAAGCCAGCAUCACCUCAUCAUCAAGAGGUUUAUCAGAGACUGUUGGGAAGAAUCUUGCAGGUAUAUUUAACAGAUGGGCAGGAGAUUCUUGUCUGCAAAACCCUCUGCUGCCUAACAAACUUCCAGGAAAGUCCAACCAUUUGCAGGCAGGUUCCAAAAUAACAUCCUUUUCUACAUUUCCUACUGCAGGAACAUUGGUUCCACAGCUAGCAGCCUGUCACCCCUAUCUCAGGCCCAGUGCAAAUGUAGGCAAAAGGGCAUUGAGUCAGGGCCCUGCAACCUUCUUAUCUAGCAUGGCAGACUGCCAGAGUUUCCAAGCUAGUCAUGCGACAGCACCAUCUCACUUUAUGGAUAGUCAACACCAACAUGUUUCAGAACAUCAUCUCCAGAACCUCUGUUUUGUGCCUUCGGAGAGAGGAGGUAUGUUUCAGAAGCAAGAAAAUAGCAUGCCACCAUGUGUGAUAUCUGCUGCAUAUCCUCCUUAUAGCAGCCAUGGCAGCAGACACUAUGCAUGUCCAUCACAAGCAGAUUGGAGUGAGUGUCACCGUAGCCUUCACACCAGCAAAUUCCAGCAAAAGAGAAGAAAUGACACAAUUGCCCGAAAUCAUGCCCCCUUUCAGGAUUUUUAUUUCCCUCCUAAAGGUGGCUUGACAUCUCAGACAUAUGAGAAGGACUUGAUGUACCCAUUUGAUGAACAGGAUGCUGCUUUUAAAGCCAGUCAUGUAGAAAUGGAGUCACAGCAGAAGGGGCAAUCACUCCAGCAACAGCAGCUGGAGCAUCCAGAUCAAGAAGAGUUGAAUGCAGAUGCAUCCAGUUAUAGCAUUCAGACAGUACUCCAGGAGUUUGCUGACCUAAGUUGUGCUACUGGGAAUGCAGCUGUCUGUAGUUUACUCCAGCAGCUAAUGAUGUUGGAUGUUGCCCAACAUGGUGCAAUAGAGAAAGGCUGUCAAUCGUUAAUAGCAGACAAGAGCCAGAAGGCUGACAUGAACCGUUUCUUUGGCUGCAUCUUGAAUCUUAGUCAAGCAGUGGUCAGAUGUGGUCAGACACUAAGCAUAUGGUCACAGCCUCCUGCAGAAGAGACAGACUGCUCGACUGCACACCACAUGAUUUCUUGCUUGAAUGGGCUGUUUGAAACUGGUGUGGAACGUUUGUCAGAAAUGGUGCUGCUUUACUGUGAUGGUCUCCGGUGCCUUGAAAAAUGCAGUGUGGCAUCAGAAAACUCACAGCAGAAUCUUCAAGAGCAUAGAGAAGAUGAUCCAAAAGAUCCUUCUAAGCAUCAGCCUUCCAGUUGCCUUCAAGACCAGCUCUGCUGUGAGGAGGGUCCAGCCUCCACUGUUCUAGAGCAGGAGUAUGGCUGCCAGCAGGAAGACCUGCAGACAAAUAUAGAUCAAGAAGGAAAUGAAUGCCCAGAUCAAGAAAAAGUCUUUAUUCCUUUCAUAUCUGAAACCCUGAUGCCCCAUAAAGAUGAGAUCUUUUCACUGAAGGGCCCCCCUGGUCAAGAAGAUCUUUCCAUUGCUCUUUCAUCCUCCCAGGAAGGCUCAGAAACUUUCAGCCUUUUUCAGCAAUCAGGUGUUGCCCUUACUUUGCCAGUCCUGUCUAAUGCCAGUUCUCCCAGCAUCACUUUUGUGAACCAUUCACCUAAGCAAAAUGACGCAGUUGAAACUCCAACAGCAUAUGUAGCCUUUCAGCAUCCUCAAGGAGGCAAGCAAGAAUGCUUGGACGCAGAGGGUUUCCCUGACACUGCUGACCUGCCAGCCAUGUUCACUGUCGCUGAGGAAGAUUGUGAGGCCAACAUUCAGUGCCCUGAGGAAGAAGUGGUCUCCGAGGCAGCUGUCCUGGAGUCAGAGACAGUAGAGGUGGUGACAGAAGUGAUAGCAAGCCCUGACAUUGAUUCUGAACCUCCAGUGCUGUUAAGACAGGAGGAGAGCAUAUGUAUGCAUAUGGAGGAGAGCAAAUGCAAAGAACCACCUGUGCUACAGCCACUGGAGCAAGGAAGAAAGCAGCUAAUGGAAAAUAGCAGGAAACAGGACUGCAAAACCAGUCUAAAAGACCAACAGCCUAAAAGUAUUGAAACUAAUUCCAAGAAUACCAUUUCUGUGGCAGGCGGUGAUCUCAGCAUUGCAAAUGCACCAGCUGCAAAGGAAGACAAAGAGAAUGUGCGCUGCCUUCGAUCUCAAACAGCUAAAAGUGAGCUGAACAACAGCUUGUCCAAAAAAGGAUUUCAGAAAAAUAAGAAAGGGGGUACACAGAGGAAAAGCGCCAAUGUGCAGGAUCAGUCCUGAUGUCAGAUGAGUGGAGAAAAGUGACAUGUUACUGUUGGUUGGACUGUAAACCAUCACACUCUGUUAGCGUCAUCACUUAUUCUCAUAGUUUUAAAAAACGCUGAGCUUUGUGUUGUUGGUGGACAUCCCUUGUGAAUAGAUAAAGCACCAUUGGAAAGAUAAACAUUUGACAAUUAUCUGCACAUUCCAUUUCAACCCAUUUCUUCUUCCAUUUAUUGAACUGGGCGAGUACUUGGCAUAUUCAUUUUUCAAUCAUCAUAAUAUUUUUUAAGUGGCCAUAAUGCUUUCUUUUUCUUCUAGUGACUUUGCCUUUCACUUUCUGUUUGUUUUCCAGAUAAAUGAUGACACCUAGAUCAAGAAUAUUUGUUGUCCAAUACUUAAAUGACACUGUCACUCUAUGAAUGAACUUAUAUCACCAGAGAGAGCUUUGUACACAUUCAUGUGGACAUUCUGUUUUAAGAGAUGGACAUCAUGAAUGGCACAUCUACGUUAAAAUUUCCCUCCUCCAAAAAAACGAAGUAGUCAUUUUAACAUUCUAAUCCUUAUUGUCCACUGUAUUCGAUGUGUGAUCUUGGGCCAGUGGUGGUAAUAAUAGUUUUUUCAAUAUACUGUUAGAUUGGGUGCAGUUAGUCAGCCUGGGAUACUAUUCAGCAUGUUAAAAAAAACUAGCACCAGUAGUUCCUAUAAGCUUUCUCGUGAAGCAUAUGCUAUCCAGUCCCAUGAACUGGACUACAAUUUCAAGCUGUACUUUUUUCUGUUGUAUUUUAUGAUGGAGUUUUUGUGGUUUAUCUGUGGCUUUUUUAAUUCUUUAUAACCCAUUACUCUACAGUAGAAUGAAGCAUGUCUAGCAUGGAUAUUUACACCAUCUCAAAAAGAAAACAUAUAAGAGUGGUAGAUUAUGUGGAAACAUUGCAGAGCAUGAGUGCAUAAAGUUUUUGUCAAUGGAAAGUCUCAGUAACAUGCUGCCCUUUUUUUUUUUUUUUUUUUUUUUUGGAGUUGCUGAUGCCAAGACUGUCUUGUAUCAUGAAAGUAUCAAAGGAAGCCUAAAGUUUGUCCAUUCUAGGGAGAGAAAGUCAACAUCAGCUGAUGUUGAAAAAAAUUGGCUGUCGAGCAACAGUGCACUGCUGAUCAAAUCAAAAACCUAGAAACACAUGUUACAAUUCAAAAUUGCUUCAUUUGCAGUCAACGCUCAGCUUAUCAUUUUAUUCCAUCACAAUAAUUAAAAUUAUUCUUAUUUUGAAAAAGAGGUAAUCUUUUAAGAGUUUGCAAAAUAUCCAUGAAGACAUCCUAUAAUUAACCAAGAGAUGUCUGGAGCAGUUCUCAUGAUUAGUGUAGAUCAGGGGUGCCCAACCUAUGGCCCGGGGGCCACAUCUGGCCCACAAAGGUGCCUCAUCCGGUCUGCUCAUUUUAACCAGACGCAACAUGAUUUCAUUUUUAACGUCAUGAUUCUGUCAAAACCACCAUGUUCUGGCCUGCGAGAUUUUAUAUCAUGUCCAGUGCAGCCCUCAGGUGAGAAAAGGUUGGGCACCACUGGUGUAGAUACUUCAUGGCUGUGAUAAAUUUGUUACCUGUGUCUGCAUGUUGUCAGUUCAUGGCGCAGGGAUCUGUUCACAUUUGUUUUUUCCCCAAUGCUGAUGCUUGAUAACAAUUAAAUGUUCAUUGAAAAAUACAUGUUAUGUAAAAAUGUUUCAUCCUCUAAAACUGUACAAUUUUUACCUUUAUAAAACUUGUUAAAUUGUUUUACUUACACAUUUUAAUCAAGUAACAUUAUCAGAAUGUUGCUUAACUCUUGUUUAUAUAUUUGAACUGUUAAAAAGCAUUCUAAGUGAAAACUGAAGAUGUCACAUUUUUACAUGUACAUUAUAUAAAUUACUAGUGAUUAAAUAGUCCACAAAUUCUUACCAUAGCAUUUAAAACCUUUCACUUUCAAUGAUGUUCUCAGGGAAUCAAUGAAUGCUCACCACAAGCGCAUAAAUCACAUACCAUUUUGAAUCAUACUUUUAAAUUUAAGAUUUUAUUGUAAAGCCACAUAUAUUUUUACCAGUUGGAUAUUUAAAUGUUUACUCUGUAUGCACAGUUCUGAAUUCUAGUCAGGGUGUUUAUGUCUACAUCUGUUACCAGCCAAACUGUGAUUCUGUAUAGAGAUGCUUAUUGUUAAAAGAACUUUCUUAAAUAUUAUCAGCUUGUGUGUACUGUAAACAUAGUAAUAAUCUACAGAGUUACUUGGAGUGAAAAAUGAAGGUGGUGAAGGGAAACACAUCUGGAUAUUAGCCAUCAAAUUUUUUUUUUUAAUUUUUGGUUUCCUUUGGUAUAUUUUGGGGAAAACAAAUAGCUAAGGGGUGAGAACAGAGGCAUCAAAACCCAAAAGUAUGCCAGUUCAAUACCUAUCUGGGGUUCAGCAAACUUUCCCAAGUCAACCCAGAUUUGGGUAAUGGAUAUCUGCUCUACAGAGAAGGGUAAGGCAGCGAGAGGAAGAGAUGGACAUUAAAAAAAAAAAAAGCUGGGGUCUCUAAGCCCCAAACUUGCCAACUAAGCUAAAAGGGGAUGACCUUUACAUUUUUUGUGUAUUUAAAUGUUACUGCUUUAGAAUUGCUAUAGACCUUUCAUGUAUUUCAGAUAAAGAUGUGGAUGUUGGUUGAGUUGAUAGUAAAGUGCUUCUACCUAAAAGCUAUUUUGCACUAUUAUGGAAGUGGGAUGGGAGGGGGGUAGAAACAAGAACACCCAAAAAAAUUCUACAACACCCACCCCUGCGAUCAGGUGUUAUAUACAAAGAGCAUUCCAAGAUAAGAACUUAGCACCUUUUAGUUCUUGCUGUAAGAGUGUUUUAGCCACCAUUGGAAAUCCAGUGUGUGUGGAAUUAGAUACAUUAGUACUUAUGCGAUGUACGUGUCCAUUUAAGCAUGAAAUGUGAUUAUUAGGUUUGCAUCAAUUUCUAAAUAAAGCUAAGUUCAGGGGGAAAAUAAUGUCAUGUUUCUUAUGAAAACAGAAUACGUGAACUGUAUCAUACAUGCUACCAAUGGGAAAGCUUAGUUUUUACUUGAUACAGUGUGCUAUUUUAGAACACCAGUGUCCAAAAAAAACUGUAGUAACAUUCAUUUUAUGCUGUUUAUGCCAGUAAUAUAUUUAAGUGGAAUUUAUGCUUGAGUGGCUUGUCUUUAUCAUGUUGAUAAUAUACAAUUCCCACCAUUAGCUGUUGCUUUUCUGUUGUUUAGUCCAAGCACAAGGUGAUAUGUCCUCAUAGCCCUUUUUUUGAAAAAAAGCCUUACAAUCACUACAAUGGUAGAUAUGGUUUUUCUUUUUGCUUUACCCUGAAAUUCUGUGAAUUCUUAUAUCAUUUUUUUUUACUAUUGAGAGCUUGUCUUGCACCUAGCAGCUGGGGUCCAUGGACAUAUAUGGUCUGUGUAAGUCUAUGUCACAUAAUGAAAAAUAAGGUUUCCAAGAAAAACAGAAAUGUUUCUAUUCUGGAAACAUCUUUUGCAUUUGCUAUGCAAAACAGAUAAACUUUUUUUCCGAAAUUUGUUCACUUCACAACUUAUUAUUUGAAUUGACAGUGAUGAAGCAAUUGUCAACUGCAGCGUAGCAUUCCUUUUGAAAAUUUACUGAAACUGAAGGCAUAUCUAUGUAUUUGGUUCCCAUCAUUGAUGAGAAUUCUAUCUGUAUGGACCCCCAGGACUUGAUUUAUUAUAUAAAUUAUUUUGAUAUUUGGGCCUACUAAUCCCACAACUCUGGUGACUGCAAAAUUUUAAUUAAAUAAGGGAUAAAACAUUCUAAAUAUUCCAAGUGAUCCCAUGGUUUUGAAGCCAUUUUGUUGAGAGCACAGCAGCUCAUUAGAACAACUUAUAAAAACCUAAAAUACAAGGGAAAUAGUAUGUGAAACAUGUUGCUGUAUGUCACAGUAAAUACAAAAAAAGGUUGUUUAAGGAACAAUUUCAUGGAAACAACAGGUGACAUUGGCUUUAAGCUUUAAAAAUUUCUUGUUAGGGAAAAAGUUGCCAAAUACUAUAAAGGCCACCCUCAAACAGAAUUAUUUUGAGUAAAAAUAGUUGUAUUCUUACAUUCUUAACAGAUUUGUAAUUGGCAUGUGAUACCUUUUAAAAUAAAGAUAUUUUGCCAUCUCUUUAAUAGGUUCCAAGGAUGGGAAUGUCUGUGUGUGUGCAUCCAUAUAUGCAUACUUGCAUGUACAUUUCUGUAUGCAUGUGCAAAACAGUGUAAGGAAAGAUUUUUACCUCUAACCUCUCAAAGAGUUAGAACCUUUUUGCCAACAUUUAACAGACACUAUUUUUACAGGGGAUUUUUAAUUCAUAGCUUUUCAGUCUUCAGUAUCUCAGAAUAAAAUAAUUUCUGUUUCUUUGCCUUCUCUCAGCAGAACUUCCAACUGAAAUUAUGAGAAUGCCAGAUCUAUAACUCUAAUAGCCUAUAUAGGAAAUAACUUGUGUAUGAAA